GCCGAAGAUACGGAAAUAACGGCGCAGUAGCCUGAGGCAUAUACUAAAACCCGGAAUCCGAACCCGAACAAAGAGGAGUAUAAAAGCGGAAAUAAUCCGUUAGGGCUGACUGGAGCAUAGUCGAUGGGGUAACCAGGGGGGACCAAGCAAUGAGAAUGCCGGGGGAAUUUACAUAGGUCUUGCUUACAAAUUUUGGUGCAGAAAACGGACUAUAACGCGGCGCAGACGAUCCCUUAAUCGGACUUGAAGAUCGUAUCCCUCGGUAUAAGGCAGUGAAGAUUAGGUGCAGUUAGAAUAUUCUGCAGUUGGUUGAAAUUACCGAUUAGCGCUUAAGAUUUUUGAAGCAAGGGAUCAACAGGGUGUUUAUAAAAGAACGUCGCUUUGGACUUCUAUUUGAUUAUUAUUUUCUCUUUAUCUUUACCGGCUUGUCCCGCUUUUGGACAGUAGCUCUAUACUCCGCAAUUUUACUUGGCUCAACCCUCAUAAUGGCGGCUACCAACGAAACCUCGUUCCCUGAGCGCAACAGGGGGUGGUACCAAGAUGACUUGACCGAAGUUAACGAGCCCAUUCGCAAACUCCUCGAGAGUUACUCUAAAGUUCCUAGCUCUGAAGUUGUCAAACACGUAAACACUAUACGAGAACGGGGCUUCGCCUCCAACCCAUAUCCAUGUAUUGGAUUGUAUCGCUUUGCAAUUCUAACACUAUCUACGCAUCCACUAUAUAAAACCAUAGUCGAGCGUCUUAAGGCCCCGAAUGCGUCUUAUUUGGACGUGGGAUGUUGUUUCGGGCAGGAUCUGCGUCAACUAGUCCAAGACGGUGUUCCCUCAGAAAACCUCGUUGGCCUAGAUAUCGAAGGAGCGCUCAUGGAGCUUGGCUAUGACUUCUUCCUAGACCGAGACACGCUCAAGUCACGUUUCGUGGUCGCCGAUGUGUUCAAAGGCGCGGAGCAGGGAAAAGUCUGGACAGACCUCGUGGAGCGCGGUAUCGAUGUCUUGCACUGUAGCGCAUUCUUCCACCUCUUCACUCUCGACGAGCAAAUUGCCGCCGGGAAGCAGAUCGCGGAGCUUAUUAAGAAAGAUGGUAUAAUUGUCGGCAGGCAAAUGGGUAGCGUCAAGCCCGGAAACGUCGCCGCGAUCAAAGCGGAUUCCUUUAGCUAUAGGCACAACGUGGAGACGUUUGAUGCCAUGUGGAAAGAAGUAGGAGAGGCCACGCAGACGCGGUGGAAAGUUGAGGGUACAAUGGAUAUGAUUGGAAUCAACCCCAGCAGCCCCGUGGAGGAUGAAAAUAGUCGCCGUUUUCUAUUCACUGUGACUAGAAUAGAGUAAAAAGUGCUAUAAAUUACAGCAGUGCAUAUAUGAGGCCAACCUCCAAAUGGAAAUACUAUGUUGAACAAUAUGCUUCACGUCGGGUUGACAACUACUACUAGUUAUGAAUAAGCAUGGCUUUAUGCAUUCUCGUAAAAUUAUGGUACAGCUACUUAGAAUAACUCAUUAAGGCUCAAUUAGCCCUCAUCUAAAUACGAUUCGUAGUGUCCUGGUCCA